GAAAUAAAAAUGUCCUGGUAUAAAUGUUAUUACUGCAAAUUUGUAUCAUUUUAGAUUUUAGUAUACAAGUAAUUCAAAGGGAUUUUAACUAGAAGAUAUUUUCUUUCAACAGUCUUUUCAUAAAGUAGAAUGUUUAUGAAUAGAGAUUUCAUGAAAUUUCAACGGAUUAUUACACAUGUUUUACUAUAUUUCAAUUGAAUGAUUUUUUGGUCAAAAUAUGAACACUGCUAAAUGUACUUGUCGUUGUACAUGUAAAUCUGAACAAAAUUCAGAUAUGGAUAAUUCACAACGAAAUCCACAUUGUUCGUUACAGAUCUCUAAUAGUGAUACAACUGGUGAUGUCACCACAACUAAUUUCACAGAGGAACAAAAGAAUAUGAUACUUAAAAUAGAAGCUUAUAACAGGGAAAUUAUAAAAGAGAUAGAAAGACUGCAAUUUGAAAGUGUGAAAACUAAUGAUGCGAUUAGCCUUUUAAAAGAACAUUCAAAUAUAACACAAAGUUCCUUCAAAUCGCCUCAGGCUCUUCAAAGAAAAAUAGCUUCAUGUAGUAGUGUUCAUCAUCAUAACGCUAGUAUACCUGGUUCUAGCACUUCAUCAUCCUGGUGUAAAAAUGACUGUGAACCAUCAUCCGAGGGCUCUCAACAAAUAUACCAGCUGAAUAACGUUCAGUUAACGGAACGCUUGGAAUUUCUCAGAAAUCGACAAUUGCAAUUGAUGUCAAGGAUACAUAGUUUGAAGAAAUCGAGAUUGGUACUUAUGCAACAUAUGCAACAGUUAUAUGGAACACAGAAGAUGAAAUCAAAAAACGAAAACCUUUAUCAAGAGACUGACAAUCAAGGUUGCUAUGAAUGUCGUGAAAAUAUUUCACAUCAUCUCGUUGAUAACACACCAGAUCUCCAUACAACUUCACGAUUAUCUCAUACAAUAAAACAAUGUUCUGACAAUUUCCCAUUGAAUUCAAACAUGGUGAGAUCAUUGGUUGAUCGUGAAUGUCAAACCAGUUUCAAUGCAGAAUCAGAGAGAAAACCGAUUAAUAAUAGGUUAGAUCAUGAGUUUUGUUUACCAAAAUUCAUGAAACAUUACUCCUUACCUACUUAUUCUAAUAAUGAUGGUUGUAAUUACGCUGAAAAUGUAAUUUCAAAUACUACAUCCAAUGUUUCAGCAUUGGCAAUGAUAGCAGCAAUGACAGCGGCUACAAUCUUUAAACGAACAUUUCAACAAUCCGUUUGUCAAGUACCUACCACAAAUUCAGAUAAUUUUUAUAAACAGGACUUUCAACAAAAAAAUGAUUCUGCAUUUAAUUCAUCAAUAUCGUCUAUGGAAUCACAGUAUUGGUCAGAGUUACGCAAUCGUACUUCUGUCAAGAAAGAUGAUUCAAACGAAUGUCUAAAAGAUGACUACCAAUUCUACAAUCAGUCUACUUUCAGUCAGCCUUCCUGCAUCAGUAAUAUAGGAGAUCUACUUCCACCUCCUCAUUCUGCACCAAGUUCUACUUCAUACUACCUAGAUAAUAUAGAUCUAUUUCCAUCUAUCUCUUCUUCAGAUACUAAUAAACUACUGAACAGCGGCUUACUAAUUCCAGCUAUAUCACGUGAAAUGACACUAGCAAAUCCAUUAGAAUCUACUUAUUUUCACGAUACGCCAAAAUGCACGAGAAUACCUGAUCUUAAUUCAUCCAAAUCUUGUGAAACAGAGCAAAUGAAAGGAUAUGAACAGAAAGAAUCCAAAUCAAAAACCUCCUUAGAUAAUGAUGAAUUGAGUUAUAACUCUCGAUUGACAACUUCCAGCAGGAUAUGUGAAAGAUUUUCUGAUCGUAUAUUACAAGCUCGGCAAGCGAUUGACAAAUGGAAUUUUCAAAAACACUGUGAGAUAAGCGAUAGGGUAAACCAACGGGAAAAUCUCGUCACUGAAAUAAACAAACAUUCAAACGUAGUGAAUGAAAAACCAGUUAAUGAUCAGUACUAUUCUCAACAAAGUCCUUUGUUAAAUAAAUCAAAUUUUUGCAAAGAAUGCUACUUAGCUCCCAAUUUUGUGCCUUCAACAGUUUCUUCAAGGACUAAUACUUCUAACGAUUGCCCUGUCCAAUGUGUAGCAACUAUUACAAAAAAUAUUUAUCCAGAUAAGAGUCCUCCUAAAGCUACAUUUACAAACUCUCAACCUAAUUUAUCGAAACCAAUGCCAAUUCAAGUCGUUAAACCAGCAAUUAGAAAUCAUGUACAUAUUACAAAGGCGAAUGACAGUAUUAAAGAAUUACCUAUAAAGACUGAUAACCAAAUUAUAGAUAAUAAAGGAAUUCAGACACAUCAUUCACAGCAACAUGAAAAUCGUAGUGUUUGCAAAUACAAGGACAAAAAAGGAAUUAGUGAUAAACGACAAAUUAAAGGCGUGCUAAUAAAUGAAAGUUCAAAGUCUGAAAGAAGUAAUAAAACAAAUAGAAAUUCGAGUACACAGCGCAGUGUAGCAUGGGUUGACGAAGUUUUAUCACACCCAUUGUCUAAGAGUGCAAAACCUGAUACAAAUACCGAUUUGACACUUCAAAGUGAUGUACCUAAUAACAAUUGUAGUGAGAGACUUAACAAAUAUUCCAAACAAAAUAAUGGUAAGAAUGUAAAUGUAACAAAACAUAUUGAAACACACCAACCAAUCAAAACAAUAACAUCAAAUGUUGUAACAACUUCAUCACGUCGACUGCUUCCAACUCCAAGUAACAAUAUAAUGAACAUUAAUUAAUUGGUCAGAUAAAAUUCCAAAACUCUAUUUUUGAUAUCUUAUUUUAUUAUUCAGAUAAAUGGAAAUAAUUAUGAAGUUAUUAUACAUUUACUGAUCUAUUCAUUUUGAGUUCUAGUAUUCAGAUUGAAUCAAAUAACUUAAUACAAAUAGUAUUAAUAUUCACUGUACUAGUAUGAAGUAUACUUUAGAAAAAGUAUAUAAAAUAGUC